AGCACUCUGACGAAUCAGCAACUAUGAACCAAGAUGGCCCCUCUUUCCGUCUAGCCGUUCCUCCUGUCUACGAUAAGUCAUCUGUCAACUCUCCUACGCUUGCCACGGACUUUUUACAGCAUUCACGAGAUUAAAUCUGCCUUAAACGAUUCUAGAUCAAAUGACCGCUAAGAAAGUCUUCUCCCUUGUUUUCGUGCGAAAUGCAUCUGAAAUAUUGCUCGGCAUGAAGAAACGCGGUUUCGGACAAGGAAAGUGGAACGGGUUUGGCGGCAAAAUUGAACCCGGUGAGACGAUACCUGAAGGCGCUGUGCGAGAAUUGCAAGAGGAGUGCGGAUUGAUUGCGAAAGAACUGAAGAAUGUUGGCCUGCUUGAAUUUAAAUUCGAAGGGGAUCCCACACUUUUGGAAGUGCAUGUGUUUGAAACCCACGAAUAUCACGGAAGUGUAAUAGAAUCUGAAGAAAUGCUACCAAAAUGGUACAACUUGAAGAAUAUCCCUUUCAAGAAUAUGUGGCUGGACGACGAGCACUGGUUUCCAUACAUGCUAAGAGGGGAAUUCUUUAAAGGACAUUUUUUAUAUCGUGGCGAAGAUCUUAUCCUAAAAUAUAAUAUCCAAGUCCUGGAUAAGCUAUCAGAAUAGCUUACAACCUGAGUCAGUCCACAGUAUUUUACACACACUUUAAGAAUCUUCAAUCCAAGAAGUAGAUUUCUAUGUACAGCGUAAAUGGUACCUAAGCAAAUACUAAUAU